CAGGAAACACUGCUUGUUGUCUGAACUGGUGUGUAAGUACGCGCAGUGUGUGAGAAACAGAGACUUUAUGCUGUUAGUGCUGCAGAGAUGAUACGACUUUGUUGGGCCAUAUUAUUAAUUUGUUAUUAUUGCUAUUCAGAGGGCACUAUAAUCAUCACAGAGCCUGGUGAGAGCAUUACUUUGAAGUGUUCCUCAGAAGAAUGCCCCCAAAACAAUGGCCGAUAUCCUGGGAUGUAUCUGUAUCAUAGGUUUACUGAACAGAAUGAGGUGUAUUUCUAUAGCAACCAUGUUAACAGCAAAAUUACUGUGCGAUCGAGAUUCAAAGGCAGGAUUGAGUCAAACGGAGCUCCCAUGAACCACAGCAUCACCAUGACCAAUCUGACUGUGAAUGAUUCUGGUGUCUACACUUGUGUCUACAAAGAAUCAGUAGACAAAAGUGUUGAGUGCAAAGUCUACACGGUUUUUGUAAGAGCGGUACAGGUAGUGGAGAACUGUUCCUGUGAAACUACCCCUAUGAUACAUCCCACGACAUAUCCUGGACAAGAUGACCAGCACAUCUUGGUGUUCAUCAUCAGCAUCUGUGUCCUCGGCAUGCUGUUAAUCGUAGUCUUCAUCCUAUUGAUCAUUCAGAGGGUGAAACAAAAGCGUAGCAGCAAAAUAAGACCAAGACGUUCAAUGCAAGAAUCCAGUGACGUGUACGAAGUCAUGACCAAGAGUGACCUCUCCCCUGUCUCAGAGCACUCUUCUGAAAGUCCCUAUGAGUUUGAUUAGCAAUGCAGUCAAAUGUUAUUGGCUCACUGAAGUCUCAUGAAGUCAUUUCAAUCACAGGUCAAAAUGUCAAACAUUUGUUUUUUUUACACUUUUUAAACACUGGUUAAUUGAAACCACUUGAAUUAUUUCAAAUCAUUCUUAGUAUUGAUCAGCAUUAUUUUCACUGUUACAUUUCAUUGUAUAGUAUUGGUCUAUAUUUGAAUAAUGAAGCACAAGUACUGCAUAUAGAUAAAGGAGUUGUCUGUAACUUAUAUAGUGUGGUAACUUAAAGCUUUUUUGUACUUACAGGGUAGACACAAUCUUUUUUCUUUUUCUUUUUUUUUUGCUUAUUUAAUAGAAAAUAGACUAUUGUACUCAAAAAUAUACACUGAUUAGUGUGUAAAUACAUCUUCCGUCAAAUUAAUGGAUUCUCAUGAUUAAUUAGAAUUAAUCCAUUAAAAAAAGAUAGGAAUGGGUAUAGGUUUGCAGCUGAGAUGGACAUUGUUGCUCUGCUUUUAUAUAUGUGGCCAAAGACCAACCGAAUACGUGGUACACCAAAACCAGAGGAGAAAGGGUCUCGUAGACAUUUGCAUGCCAUGGAGGUAAGUUUUUAGUCAUGUCUGCACCUUUGGAUUUAACAUAUACCUAUGUUUCACCAAGAAAAGGCUAAGGAAAGACAUAGCCAAAGUUAGCUUCACUGACUCCUCCAGAGAAAAUAGAUAUAGAUGUUUCUUCCCUGGCAUAUUGACAGCUGAGGUAAAACGUGGACUGACAGCCUACCCAGAGUGCAAAAGUUUUUGAGGAGACUCAAGAGUAAAAACAUAAAAUAUUGCAAAAUAUUUAAUUGACACAUAUUUUUUUUAUUUAUUCUGAGUAUUGAUAUUAUUCAGAGUUAAAAUAUAGUUUGUGCUAUUUGUUUUAUUGAUUUAUUUUUUUACAGACAUUAGAAAAAACAUCCCAGCUGACUGUGACCAUUUUGGGGUACAGUCUAUAUUUACUCCCAUCUAGCUUUGAAACUUUUACACGCAGUGACUUUAAACCCUAUAGAAAAUACUAAGCUACAGUAUCUUUUACCUACAGUGCUACAGCAUCAUGGUUAUCAAACUAUUUGUAACUGAUUAUGAGGCAAAUACUUCUGAAGGCUAAUGUGUAAUAAAGCAUCAUUCUGAUUAUUUCAUCUGUACAAUGUAACAAAGGAAUGUAAAUUCUAUCUAAUCUAUUUCUUUCACAUCUUUUCUAAAAGUGUUAUUUAAUUCAAAUAUUUCAUAUCUCACUCUUUUAUCUCCAUUUGUUGUCUUUGUUGCCACUAAAAAAUUAAAUUCAUGAUGCUCUU